ACGUACUGGAAGAAGACUCAAUGGAGCAGGACAUAGAGAGCCCUGUCACUAUUCAUCAGCCAAAGUUGCCCAAACAAGCUAGAGAGGAUCUGCCAAAAAAUAUAAACAAAGAAUGUGCCAAGAGAAAAAUCCAGAGGUAUGUUAGGAAGGAUGGGAAAUGCAACGUCCACCAUGGGAAUGUCAGAGAGACUUACCGUUACUUGACUGACAUCUUCACUACUUUAGUCGAUCUCAAGUGGAGGUUCAACCUGUUGAUUUUUGUCAUGGUUUACACUGUGACCUGGCUCUUCUUUGGAAUGAUCUGGUGGCUAAUUGCCUACGUGCGAGGAGAUAUGGAUCAUAUAGGGGACAGCACGUGGACCCCAUGUGUCAGCAACCUCAAUGGGUUUGUCUCAGCCUUUUUAUUCUCAAUCGAGACAGAAACGACCAUUGGGUAUGGUUACCGGGUCAUCACGGACAAGUGUCCCGAGGGAAUUAUUCUGCUUUUAGUUCAGUCUGUUUUAGGUUCUAUCGUCAACGCUUUCAUGGUUGGCUGCAUGUUUGUGAAAAUAUCCCAACCCAAGAAGAGGGCAGAAACCUUGGUUUUCUCUACAAACGCAGUUAUUUCCAUGCGGGAUGGAAAGCUGUGUCUGAUGUUCCGAGUAGGAGACCUUAGGAAUUCACAUAUUGUAGAGGCAUCAAUACGAGCCAAGUUGAUCAAAUCCAAGCAGACAAAGGAGGGGGAAUUUAUACCACUCAACCAGACAGAUAUCAACGUAGGUUAUUACACAGGGGAUGAUCGUCUCUUUUUGGUUUCACCACUGAUCAUCAGCCAUGAAAUUAACCAGCAGAGUCCUUUCUGGGAGAUUUCCAAAGCCCAGUUGCCCAAAGAGGAGCUAGAAAUUGUUGUAAUCCUAGAAGGAAUGGUGGAGGCAACAGGAAUGACGUGUCAAGCUCGAAGUUCUUAUGUCACCAGUGAGAUCCUGUGGGGUUAUCGCUUCACCCCUGUCCUCACGCUGGAGGACGGAUUCUAUGAAGUUGAUUACAACAGUUUUCAUGAAACGUAUGAGACCAACACACCAGUUUACAGUGCCAAAGAACUGGCAGAGAUGGCCAGCCGAGCAGAACUGCCCCUGACGUGGUCUGUUUCCAGCAAGUUGGACCAGCACGCUGAACUAGAAACCGAAGAGGAGGAAAAGAGCCAGGAAGAGCAAAACGAGAGAAAUGGUGAUGUGGCAAACUUAGAGAAUGAGUCCAAAGUUUAGAAAGACCAAAGGGACAAGCACCACGCAUCCUUCUUCCUCUUCUCCCUC